AGACAGGUCAACAGACGGACAUCGCGGACAUCGCGCACAACUCAUCAAUUGAUCUAAACCUAUGCUCACAAACGCCGUCUUGGUAGUACUCUCGCGAGGAGCAUCCAGGGCCCCUCAGCCAUUCCUUGUUAUUCGACCAUGACAACCGCCUUCUCUCUUACAACCAGUGCACCAUCAAUGCCAUAGUACGCAAAGCCUCGGCGAAUAAUCCAGGCCACUCUGAAGCUUUCGUCUGGAUUCAACGUGGUGUCAUCACCUGCUAAUUGGAAGAGGUUGGGAUCAAAUGGAUCCCCGAUGUUAGGCUUGAUGUCCCUGACAGUUCCCCGCAGUGAUUGGAACCUUUCGUCAUCGGCUCAAGGAAUGCAUCGAACUUGCUCGUGAGGAAUUUUUUGUUUUCCAUCAGCACGGCUUGGAAUUCUGGUCUGCUCCAUGUUCGUAACUCCACCUCCUGGAGGGCUUCCUUGCCUUGCUUCGGCCAUCCUGGAGGAAGUUAGCACGCACGUUGUCAGAGAUGGUACAUUCCGAGCGCUUACUCUCUUCCGCAAAGCGUUGCACGGCCCACAUCAUGAUUCUCAUCGGCUUCAUGUUUGGCAACUCAUAGAUGUCGAUUUUAUUGAGCAGAACAUCCACCACGAACCACCAGAUGAGGGUCGCAUAGACCUUCUGAAACGGCAUGCUCUUCAACUUGUGCUCAAUUUUGAGGGGCAUGUCUCGAGGAACACCAAGCACCUCUCGUAGUGCCGCCGUAAUUGGCGCGUGACUUCUUGUCAUAUUCUGUACAUUCUCAGUGGUGUACCAAUGUGUUCCCGGAACGACGUUCGCACAAGAGUCAACCAUAUCCCAGGUAGCCAGUGGCAACGGGUUGCAACUGUGGAACUUGUAUUCUUCGUCGUUCCUGAGCCUUUCCACGAUGUCCCAUGUGUCUCGGGAGAAGUUGACUAUAGAUUGAUCCAGAUGUCGCAUGAGAGUUGUGACUUCAGACUUGUCGUAACCUUGGAAUUUCUCGAUUCUAGUUGGCUCGAAGACUUCUCUUUCUGUAUUUGACCAACCUAGAGUCUGUAGAGAAGUGGGUGGCUCAUUUGGAGCAGGAUCUGCUGAAGAAGACAGUAUUCGGCCAGGGGUUUCAGGAACCUCCGUUAUUGUCGCAGCCGAUCUCAACUCGGAAUCCUGAUCGCCUAGCUUGAGUCGUCUCAUUGUUUCCAGAAAAGUUAACAUAGCCGCAGCCGCUUCAUUGGCAUAACCUCGACCAGGUGGCUUUAAGCAAUCAGGACAAAUGAAAAUCAAAUUGUCAUUUUCUUGAUUUCCCACCUGAGGAGAGAAAAUCACAUAAUCCGAAGCGGCAUCCUUUUCACCAUCAUCUUGUACCGUCAUCAGACACCAAUGAUGCCACCACUUCCCGCAUUCUUGGAUUUCGCAAGCUACCAUGGCGGUGUCGCGGCUUUUUUGCCACAUGCGAUUAUCAUUCUCGCAAAUAUCGCACCUUGCUGGUCCUGCUUUCUUCUUCUUCUUCGGUGGCAAUAUCGGGGCGGGGCUAUUCUUCACUGGAGGUCUGACGCUCCUCGCCUUCCUGGAUUGAUGUUUUCCGGUCAGUGCAUCAUCGGGUUUGCUUGACACUGUCACAGAAGAUGUCGCUCGGCUGUCCUGGCAACUUUCACUGUAUUGGGAUCAGACAAAGACCAGAAAGAAAUGAGAUAGCAUUGUUCGAACUCAUCUGAAAGGGUUUGCGGCUCCUCAGUUCUGAGCCUCUUUCUGCCCGCAUUAGGUCCUCUUGAAAAGGUGCAAUUGAGACCCCUCUCACGACAAGCCUCACACCGCCCAGAGCUGGUCCGAGGAAUACACUCGAGCUCAGCACUGAUGCAAUGUUCGCAUCUCUCAAUCUUGCCAGAUUUACGGCGCCGUUGAUUCGAUGACAUUGGAGGGACUUCACGAUCGCGUCGUAUCAAGAAUGUUCGAUAGUUCUUCGGAAUUGUGUCUGCUCUGUUGUCGCGAGAUGAGGGCGGGCAAGUUGAUCCUAACACAGUACCUGCGACAGGGACUGUAUGAUCUGACUAAGCGGAUUAGUCUCAUUCUCCAACAUGUUCCUUCCGGGAACUAUACCUUAGUGACUUACAAGGGAAAGCAGGUUCCGCCCCAACGUGGCAGGUGCACUUUCCUGAAAUAGGUAACGACCUCUGAACUGUUAAGAAUUUCUUAUCACUACCUUAUCAAUUGACUACUAGUUGACAGUUACCAAAAUUUUGUAAGAGUGAUAUUAUAUGAUUAUUAUUUUAGGAAAGUACUCCCACGGUAGGGCGGAACCUGCUUUCUCCAUCAAGGUAUGGAAGCUUUCUCUACACUACACCAAGCCCCGCUGCUGCCUGAAUAAGGUCGAACGAGUAUCCACGGGGGCGUUUUGUUGUUUGUUGAGAUUUCCGGGGGGUAGUUGCCUCAUUGAGCUUCCGUCACUGGCUAGUACAAUACUGUGCCUGCCGCUCACCUCUUCCACCCCGUCCACAACAAAGUCUCUCUCCGGCAGUGUCAAUCUUUCUCUCCACAACUGUUGCUCUACCAAUGCUUUAUGAUGUCUCUAGGAACUCUUCUCACGGCUUUUGAUCUAGGCACAGCUACUACGACAGCACGAUUCACCCGCGUGCGUGACAGCCACGAUGCCGCAGGCAAAACUCAUCGUCAGCCUCUCAGCAGCCGUUCCCCCAUUGAGAAGAAAAGUUGGCCUGGUGGAAAUAGAGGUGAUACAAUCGGCAAAGCAUGUCUGCCUACGGACUUGAUAUAUGAUCGAGUCACUGGUGACCUCCUAUUUUGGGGGUUCGAGGCUCAAAGGUACUUGGAUGAUCCAGACCCAGAAUUCUCCAUCGACCGCGUACUAGUUGUCCAGCACAUUAAGCUGCUCCUCAACGAUCCGGAAAAGGCAAAAUCCAAUAGUCCCGCCAUCCAAAGAUACCGGAAGGUACGUGGGGAAAUCUUCCGAGUGCUAGGAAAGACUCCUUUCGACCUCUUCGCAGACUUCGUUGAUGUCAUUGUCAACGAAGUAAUCAAAACCGCUAAACGCUACUUCCAAAACUUCAUUCCCGGUCAGAUUGAGCUAGUGCUCGCAUUCCCAUCUGGAUGGUCAGAUUCGAUCCAUAGACAAGUGGCAGCAAUUGGGGCUGGUGCGAUAAAGAAAGCUCUUGCCACAAACCAACUCCAAAGUGCAGCAUUCGCAAUUGAGAAUGUCUAUACUGUGUCUGAGACUCUGUGCGGGGUGAAAGAAUGGCUUGCCGCUACUAUGGAUGAUGAGGAGGGAUCACUCGAUUUUGUACAGUCAACAAAGAACAUCGCAGAGCUUAGCGUAGGGGAUGUCUUUAUUGCAGCGGAUAUUGGUGGCGGUACUGGAUGCAUGACAGUUUUGAAAUUGGUAUCCAAGGAACCACUACAGGUCGAUCAGCUUGGCAAAACCAAAUCUCUGGAAGUGUCAGGCGAAGCCGUCGAAGCCGAAUUUGAGCGGAAGCUUCGACUCAUGAUCACACAAGAUGAUUACGAUGGCGAUAUCGAACGACAGAUCAAACGUAUCUGCCGUUUAUUCAAGGAGGAGAAGAAAGAUUGUAGUCCAAGACUCGGAAACUCCACUUGGACUAUAGAGAUCAAACUUCGACCGAAUCCAGCCAAAGGUUUCUAUGCUAAUUUUAUGAAAAUCGAUCGGGAACUCCUCGAUGGAUGCUUUGACCCGAUCAUCGACACCCUCAAAAGUGCAAUCAAGCAGAUCCUGGAAAAUAUAUCCGACAUCAAGGCAAUCAUCUUCCUCGGACAGUUUGGCGGCAGCUCAUCUUAUCUCAGAAAAUGCUUGGCAAGAAGCUCCAUCGCCACUACCGUCAAGCUUCGACACAGUCAAACAGGAAAGAUGGAUGUAGUCAUAGGAGCUCUGAAGGAACGGAUGGAGCUUAGAGAAAGUUUCAUCAGAGAAUCACAGACUGUGAAAAGUUACGGCACAUUAGUAACAGUUCCGUGGAGCAAAGGCCAAGAAGGCAUGCUUUGGUUCCCGAAUGCAAUCGCUGACGGCGCUGUUGAGUUCGAGAAGCAUCCAGAUGGACUCUGGUUGAAAGUAAUUGAGUGGGCCAUACCGAAUGGAAUUAUUUUGGAGAACCAGAGCUACGACAUUGCAACAGACGAAAAGAAGAAUCAUACUUGGUUAUCCAACGACAGGGAAAUUAGGUUUGAAGAUAUCAUCAUUGUCUCCGACGAAUGCCCCCCAGCGGAGGAAAAUGGUAGGUCAUAUACGCUUUGGACAAAGGCGCACGAGCAGAACGAGCUAUUCAUCAACGGGAAACACGUCGAGGUUCAACAAAUCUCAUUCUCCUGGGAUCUAAGUAUGUCGGAGAAGCUUUCCGCCGUCGGAGACUUUCUUGGAUCAUACUCUAUCAAAGACUUAGAAUAUAGAUGUCUCAAGCCUUCAGGUCGGAAGAAGGGGAGCAAGUAUGUGAGAAUUCUGCAUUACAAUUUGGUAUGGGAAAUCACGGAAAUGCAGGUCAAGACAUACGUAAAGGCAAUCUUUCCUAAGGCGGUAGGUCCACCGACAAUGCAACUCGCCAAGCAAAGACCAGUCACCGCUGGUGAGAUGCGUGCGGGAGAGUCAAGAAGUCUCGAUCUAGAGCACGAUAUUAUGAUCACGGAAGGUAUCGAGGAUUUGCCGGCGGUUCUUGACGGCGACCAUGAUGCCGACGAAAUGCAUACCGAUCCUGAUGUUCGCGGCUCCGGACUCGACAGGGAGGCAUCGAUUGAUUUGGACGACUUCAUAGGUACUCACAGCUUGUUAGCCGACCCUGCUAGAGCUCGCUCACGGCAACAAAUGGAAACUCCGAGCCAUGACAAUUCUGGAACGCAGCUCCGCAAUAGAAGCUUAAACCGCUCGAUGGCUGGGAAUAACACACAGAUCGGGCAAUGGAGAAUAGUUCAGGCUGCGGAAUCACCCGCUGGUACGUCAAGCCCAAGACAAGAUGGCAGAUAUCGAGAAGGCUGCUACACCUGCAAGGAUCGCAAGAAGAAAUGUGACACUGAAUACUUCUGGGAUCAGCCGACACAAGCUUCAACAUGCAUUGAAUGUAACCGCCAAGGCAUUGAAUGCCACAUGAAAAAGCCAGACUGGGCAGAUGACCCUGUCCAAGUCAUGCUACGAGAGGAAGAACGGAAACUCAUCUUACUUGGCAAGAGGAAGUCGAGGGACCUGGAAGGAGUGGCCAGUGAGAGCCGUUCUAGGGGGAGAAGUGGUGACAGGGAACGAAGCUCCAAUUUCGGUCGUGAUGGCGAGAACUUCCAAAUGGGUAGAGAAAAUCCCGUCGCGAUGAGUGGGCCGUCGGUACAGAAGAGGAUUCCUGGGAAAGGGAAGGCGAUACGAGGUGGCUUGAGCAGGAGAGUCUGAAAACCUGAGAGGCACACUUCAUCGUGGGUUGCGUUGAUCAUCUUCUAGCGAUCAAGAAUUUCGGUAUUGUCCAAUAUCACCACAUGGCUUUUUGCUAAGCGAUCCUUCGUUCCACAUUUAUCAGAGAACUCCUACCCUGCUGCCCACUUCUUCAAUAUCCAGCUGAAACUCGUUUCAUCUCCUACACUGCGGCCUGCUAGCCACGAAGACGCCGUGGCAAACCCCCCGGAAACUAUAGCACAUGCCUGCGCGAGCCAAUUAAAAAUAGCAACGCCAUAGCCUCACAUUGCUGCACUCUGCAGAUAUGCAAACACACUAUGUGCUCCGACAUUCCCCAGUAUCGAUUGAAGGGAGGCAGCAACGGAGCC